AUGUUUACCACGGUUUUGCGGUUAUGCGUCGUUUUCUGGACACUGAAUAGCGUAUGUGCUCAGCAGAUCUACAUCCCAGUGCAAAGUCCCACGACUCGACCCUUUUGUCCGUCAAAAACAGCUUCAGCCGAGCCCACGUAUCGAUUCUCAUCCUUUUCCUUUACGCUGAAUGAGACAUUGAGGACUGCUACUUCUGUAGCGAAGCCCACCACUACCUCGACAUAUGCACAGCCAUAUCAAUCUCUCAGUCAUUUAAUCCCAAAUGUCUCUACGACAACAUGGGGAAGCUGGAAUCCUAAUGACACAGCAACCGCUACUGAUACAGCCGAUGCAUAUGGCAACGCGGCAUGGAGUGCAUUGUGGGAUGCAGCGAACGUCACAAACUUCACUGCGACCGGUAUCUACACCACUACAGUCAGCCCUACGCCGGUAGCGUCUAGCGAGCUUGUCCUGCCCCCACCAGAGUACUUUGGACCCACGGAUUGCUACAAUUUUCCAGAAGACUUCGUGUUCGGCGUUGCAGGGUCGGCUUCUCAGAUCGAGGGGGCGGUCGCGCAAGAAGGUCGAGGUCCGACUUUGAUGGAAGUUCUUGAAACUGGAGACAAAGCUCGUGAUUAUAUCACGAACGAGAACUACUACCUGUACAAACAAGAUAUUGAAAGGAUUGCAAGUAUGGGAGUCAAGUACUACUCCUUCUCCGUUGCUUGGACUCGGAUUCUCCCAUUCGCCCUCCCCGGGACGCCAGUCAAUCAGGAAGGCAUCCAGCACUACAACGACCUGAUCGACUUCAUUCUAGAAAAAGGGAUGAUCCCUAUAGUGACACUGUUCCAUUUCGAUACUCCAUUGCAAUUCUUUGGUAACCUGACUACCGUCUAUGAUGAUGCCCUCAUCGGCUAUGUCAAUGGUGGCUAUCAGAACGAGACCUUCCAGGACGCCUUCGUGAACUAUGGAAAGAUUGUCCUUACUCACUAUGCCGAUCGGGUUCCUUUCUGGAUGAGGUAUCACUUCUAUCACGAAGAACUGCGAGGAACGGGGAAGUUUGGCAUCAAGUUUAACGACAACUUCGGCGUGCCUCGGGAUCCCAAGAAUAAGAAUGAUGUCUAUGCUACAACUUGGUUCAAUGAGUUCCAGCUCGGUACAUUCUGCAACCCACUAAUGCUUGGUAUCGACUAUCCUGAAGCCUACAAAACCACGAUCCCCGACUAUGUUCCACUUUCAGCUGACGACCUCGCCUACCUCAACGGUACUGCCGAUUUCUUAGGUGUCCAUCCGUACACAGCGACCGUAGUUUCGGCACCCAGCUACGGCAUCCAAGAAUGUGCCGCCAACACAUCCGACCCCUUCUUCCCCUACUGCGUCAACCAAUCAACCAUCACAACGAAUGGCUGGAACAUCGGCUACCGCAGCUACUCAUACGUCUACAUCACGCCGACUUAUCUCCGCGAGUAUCUUAGCUACCUGUACAACACCUGGCGCACUCCCGUAUUUGUUACAGAAUUCGGAUUCCCGGUUUUUGCGGAAGCAGAGAAGGCCGUGCUUGAGGAUAUGUUGUUUGACUCGCCGAGAAGCGUGUAUUACCAGUCAUUUAUGAGUGAGAUUUUGAAGAGUAUCUGGGAGGAUGGUGUUCAUGUCAUUGGCGCGCUCGCAUGGUCCUUCGCUGACAACUGGGAAUUUGGAGAUUAUGACGCACGGUUUGGCUUGCAAACCGUGAAUCGCACGACGCAGGAAAGGAGGUAUAAGAAGAGUUUCUUUGAUUUGGUCGACUUUGUAAAGGCGAGGACACCGGGUGGAGAGUGAGACUUCGGUGGAAAGUUGUUCGAAGUACCUUCGUAGGUUAUACCGAAGAUCGUGCCGGCUAUAGAAGGUUCGUAGAACAGAAAAGGUCAUAGUUUUGAAUCGUCCUUUAUGGGGUCUGACUCUUAGUUUUGACUUUUCGUUUUGACUCUGUUUCAUGAUGGAGUUGUUUCAAGUCUUGAGGUUGCACAACCGCACGCGCAUAAUUCGCAAUUUAUUGAGUCACUCGGUCUUCCCUACCGUAGUAUAAACACCUCUCAUUCUACACAUACACACCUUUAACAAACCUUAAAGCAAAUCUCAAAGCAACUCUCAAAGCAAACACGGAUUCACUCUUCGUU